AUGCAUAUUUCGUCUCCCCCCGACCCUCCUGAACGCCUCAAUGGCUCUUCGCGCAGAGGAGCCUCCCAGGGCGGCUCUCACUCCCGAAACAAUCAAACCCACAGCCGCGCUGCCCACACCGACGACCUCCCCGACCUCGCCGCCCUAUCCUUGGGCGACCCGCCGAGCCCAGCCGUUCCCGCCCAGCGAGAGGCAGAUCGACCCACUCCCCCAGCUCAAGUCCGUAUAACUGUCUCUCCAGGGGCAGUUGUCAACGUCUACACCCGGGCGGGCACUGAAGGCCAACAGCGCGCCACGGUUACCCCGCUUACCUCGCUGGGGCGUCGUGUCAUCAGUGGACCAUUCUCCCAAGUCCCCACGGCUCAGUUGGGCGGCUCACUAUCCAUCCCGGCGUCCCCCAUCCGUCGCCGCGCGCAGGGCGGUACAUCCCCCGCUCCCAGCCGUUCCCCGGUGCUUUCCUCCCCUGCCCGUGGCCGGGUCCCAGCCCUUGGAUCCCCCGCUCGUGGUCUCACUCCAGCUCCCUCCGCCCACAUCCGUACCCCAGUCUCUCCUGGGCCUAUCCUGAACUCCGGCUCAUCGCGCACCCUCGCGGGCGCAUCUGCUCGGCUGCGCUCGACGCCCCUUCCCUCGCCUCUUCUCGGCCUGUCCCAGAUCCAGCCUGAGGUCAACGCGCCCCGUUGGGGCUCUCCGCUGCCGUCAGUGGCUGCCCAUCCGAUCAUAAUUGAUCGUCAGUCUGACAACAACAACAGGUUCUAUGACGUCGACCAUAGCGAGGGCGAAUACGAGAAUAGUGUCUCCGAUAUAAACGCCUUUGACAACUUUGGAGAUGUCCCCCAGCCGGCCGACGAGUUCAUAGCACCCCCGGACAUGUUCAACAAUAGCUGGUACGUCGUCACGGUCGGGCGGCGCGUUGGGGUUUUCGAUUCAUGGGAAGAGUGCAAUGACGCUACGAACGGUGUCCCCCACAACUGUCACAAGAAGUACACGAGUCGGAGGGAGGCUGUUGCUCGCUAUUUCAACGCCCGCGAGGCUGGACGAGUUAACGUAGUAUCUACCGAUUAG